UCGAAGAGUUAUCGUCAAAUCUAUAACAUAUGUACAAUAAAUAACAAACAUUUUACCCUUGUUUCUAAUAUAGCAAUGAAGACGUCUCCUGUGGGAAAAUUAUACGAAGAUAAAGUUGAAAGAAAAUUUAGUUCUUUGCGAUUUCCGCCAAAAGGAAUACCAAAACACGUUCUUACCCGUACCCUAAAAAUAGUAAAUGAUCCACAUGACGAGUUUUGGUUGAACAAAAACUCGUCAUGUGCGGCACCAGUUACCUACGAUGUAAGCAACGCUAAAAAGCAUUCGGACGCUUACAAAAAGUUGAAUUUGGCUCGCAAAUGUAUGUUGACACGAGACUGGCAAAACUUGGCCAAAUUAUUAACGUCAAACCUAGUCGGUGACAGCAUAAUUCAAAAAAGCGCAUAUCCAAUUUUUUCAGAAUACGUCUCAAUCUUUUUAACCAUGGAGGACCCCGAACUUUUAAAAAAACUUCAACAGACAAUCUCACCAUCUGGAUCGCAGCCUGCCAGUAAAAAUACAAAACCUUAAAUCCCAUUACAAAUGUUAUUAACUUAUGUAUAAUAAAGUAUUAAGCACAGAAUAUUUUAAAUAAAAUAUUUGUUUCACAGUA